AUGGAGGACUUUCUGCUCUCCAAUGGAUACCAGCUGGGCAAGACCAUUGGGGAAGGUACCUACUCAAAAGUCAAAGAAGCAUUUUCCAAAAAACACCAAAGAAAAGUGGCAAUUAAAAUUAUAGACAAGAUGGGAGGGCCAGAAGAGUUUAUCCAGAGAUUCCUGCCUCGGGAGCUCCAAAUAGUCCGUACCCUGGACCACAAGAACAUCGUCCAGGUGUAUGAGAUGCUGGAGUCUGCCGAUGGGAAAAUCUACCUGGUAAUGGAACUGGCCGAGGGAGGGGAUGUCUUUGACUGCGUGCUGAAUGGGGGGCCACUGCCUGAGAGCCGGGCCAAGGCCCUCUUCUGUCAGAUGGUUGAGGCCAUCCGCUACUGCCAUGGCUGUGGUGUGGCCCACCGGGACCUCAAAUGCGAGAACGCCCUGUUGCAGGGCUUCAACCUGAAGCUGACUGACUUUGGCUUUGCCAAGGUGUUGCCCAAGUCGCACCGGGAGCUGAGCCAGACCUUCUGUGGCAGCACAGCCUAUGCCGCCCCCGAGGUGCUUCAGGGCAUUCCCCACGAUAGCAAGAAAGGUGACGUCUGGAGCAUGGGUGUGGUCCUAUAUGUCAUGCUCUGUGCCAGCCUACCUUUUGACGACACAGACAUCCCCAAGAUGCUGUGGGAACAGCAGAAGGGGGUGUCCUUCCCCACUCAUCUGAGCAUCUCGGCCGAAUGCCAGGACCUGCUCAAGAGGCUCCUGGAACCCGACAUGAUCCUCCGGCCUUCAAUUGAAGAAGUUAGUUGGCAUCCAUGGCUAGCAAGCACUUGAUAAAAGCAAUGGCAAGUGCUCCCCAAUAAAGUAGGGGGAGAAAGCAAACUCAAAAACCCGCUUCUAAAA